CUGCAGUCGCCAUUGUGAAGGUCGUUUCCAGCUGAAUGUGUACAGUAUAGCCACCAGCCAGUAUGGGUUACACAGUGCUUCACAUAGCCGCAGAAGAUGGAGAUAUAGAUAGGUUACAGCAUCUGCUGACUGCCGGGCAGUGCGACAUCAAUGACCGGGGCAUGUGUGAGAUGACACCACUUCACAGUGCUGCAGGUAACGGCCACACACAAUGUGUCCAGCUUCUCCUCCAACACGGGGUGGAUACCAGUAUACAGGAUAGGGGUGGGAUGACACCACUUCACCGUGCUGCACACUGCGGCCACACACAAUGUGUCCAGCUUCUCUUCCAACACGGGGCGGAUACCAGUAUACAGGAUAGGGGUGGGAUGACACCACUUCACCGUGCUGCACACUGCGGCCACACACAAUGUGUCCAGCUUCUCUUCCAACACGGGGCGGAUACCAGUAUACAGGAUAGGGUGAGUGUAGAAUAG